AUAUACAUUUAAUUCUGGUAUACUAUCAAUAUUACUCAACAAGAUGUUUAGUAAAAUUAUUUUUUUGUUGUUUCUACCUUUCUGUUUCGGCAAAACCAUCGAAGUAACUUUUAAAGACGUUACUUUCCGUGGAUAUAGUGUCUUUACAGAAAAAUUCAAAAAAACGAUACCCAACGGUAACAAAUUGAAAGAUUUCUUACCUAAUUCCGUUUUUGACGCGAUUGAAUUCAAAGACCAGAAUAUACCGAUAUUUUAUAAAGAUUCUCUAGCAGAUUUGGAGGAUUUGGAUGAGCUGGUGAUAGAAUUUUGCAACGUAGAGGAUAUUCGACCAGGAGCUAUAAGUAAUGCUGAUUCAUUGAGAAAAUUAUCACUCAAAGGAAACAAGAUAAAAUCGAUUGAAAAAGGAGUAUUUAACAGCUUAGGAAUUUCAACUCUGGAUCUUAGCCUUAAUGAAAUCUCAUAUAUACACCCCCAAGCUUUGAAUAACUUACCUGAAUUGUUAAACAUCAACUUAGCGGACAAUUUGAUCCAGAAAUGGAAUCCGGAAUGGCUGGAUAACACUCCUAUUUUAACCAGAAUCUCAAUUCAGAACAAUUCAAUUGACGAACUACCUGCUAAUAGUUUCAAACAUAUGACGGGCGAAAAAAAAUUUGGAAAAUUGGAUCUUACGAUAAAUUUGGUAUUCAGUCACAAUAAAAUUCAUAAAAUCGAUCCUCAAGCUUUUUCUGGAUUGAAAAAAAUCAAUAAUUUAUGGUUGGAUAAUAACGUAUUGGAAGAUUUUGACGAAAAUUUAUUAAAUGGAAUUCAAGUAGAAGAUCUUCGUUUAAAUAAAAAUAACAUUGAAUGUUUCAAAGGUAAUUUAGAUAAGGUGUUGAAAGCUGAAACAAAUCACAUAGAUUCGAACCCAUUCGAUUGUGUUUGUUUGGAACAGAUCAAAGAAUGGUCGCAAAAGAAAAAGAAUGUAGAUUUUUCUUAUUCCGAGAUGGAUUGUAUAGCUAAAAGAGUUAGAGUUAAAUUAACACUCCUGGAGAAGAGGCUGAAGGAACUUAAGAAUGAAAAGGAGAUUCCUAAUGAAGUUGAAGAAAUUGAAGUUUUUGAAAAUAAACCCAAAACUUUGAAAUACAAAAACUUGUAAUAAAUUUUGAGGAUUUAUUAAUAAAAGUUUGUAACGUUGUGAA